UCUCCAUACCAAAAGAGUUAGCGAAAAUUCUCACCAACUAUAUUCUAUGAUCAAGUUUCAACAAUGUCACCAUACUUUUAAACUUAUUAUAUACUGAACUUACUCUGCACAUUCACUUAGUUUCUCAGAGUUCUGGCUCUCAACAAUCAUCAGAAUUAGUGAUUUGUUCUCAUCCAGGAACUGACAUUGGAAAAGAAUAAGGCCAAUUACUAAGUGAACAUCAAAUAACAUGUAAAAAUUCAAAUAAACACUGUCUAACCCCAAAUAAAAAAUAUGAGAUAUGCCCGUAUUAUAAGGAAUCAGAGGCGAAUCCAGGAUUUGAAGGCCAAGGCGCACUUUUGAUUUCAACCAAAAUCUGCUUUGUAUAUGGGGUAUCACUACAAAUAUAUUAGUAUUUCCUAAAAACAUAUACAUGUAUUCAUGAAGAUUUUGCUGAACUAAAGGUAUACUCUUGAUAUUAGUAUUUCAGCUCCUUUAAUCUUGCUUGCAUACUUGGCCUCAGACUUCCUCUAACUUGUACCUCCUGAACAAUAGUUCUGGUGAGCAUAUCGGUAGUUCUUGUAUAAUUAAGGAAUAUCCUUUGGUUCCUUUCUUUCCAUACAUAGUAGAUGCAACAUGCUAGGGACAUUCGAAAUGUCUUCGCAUUUAUAUUGUAGACAUGAUCGUUUGUCCACGUGAAUUCUCUCCCAAUAGUUUUCAGCUCUGUCAUGUAUAUGUCUUAUAGAAAGUUAUUGAAGUUUAUAAUCUCAUUCUCAUGUACUGAAUUUCCAUUCAUUCUAUCAUCAAUAAUAAGUAUGGUAUUGAAAUUACCCAUGAUCAACCAUGCCCCCUGCUGUGAUGUAUGUAUUUACUGCAGCUCAACCCACAAUUCCCUUUUAUCUUGUAUCAUGUGGAGUCUAUAUACAGUGGUCAUGUCAAAUUCAAAACCUCCGGAUAUGAUUUUAAUCCUUCCAUGUAUAUAUUGUCUAUGAAUUUGUAUAGCAGUAAUUACCCCAAAAGUAUAUAUUAUGAUUUAUAUCUGAAUUGGUUUAAUGCAAUGGAUUAAUGUUCAGUAAUUUUGGUAGUUUGAAUGCUAUCUAUUAGGGAGAUGAUCAGGAAGACAUUUCCUGUUUUGCCUUCCUUGUGGGAUCAAAACUUGAAUAAUAGACUGAUUUAGUGUAUGAUAUGUUACGUUAUGGAUUAGGCUUAUUUCUUUAAGGAGUCCUAAGUGUUCUGUAUCAUUUUCACUAUUCGCGGCUUCUUGCUGAUGAUUAUUUUAUAUAUUUGAACUACAUUUUUGUUAAUUCCUCCUUUUUACUACUAAAUUUUUAGAUCUUUCAGCAAUUAUACAAAAGAUAAGAAUAUCUUUAACGUCAUGGACAAUCCUAGAAAUAAACGAUAGAUGCAUUGUGAUAGCGUUAGUAAAGAAUAUUUGGAUGGAGUAGAGGAGUUUAUAAACCAUGCCUUUUCUGAAAAACAAGAUGGAGAACAAAUUGCAUGUCCUUGUAUGGAGUGUGUGCUUAUCCAUCAAGUAAACCGGACUACAGCAUAUGAUCAUCUUGUGAUUAAUGGUAUUAUGCCAUCAUAUGAUACUUGGUUUUGUCAUGGUGAGUCUCUAAAGGGAUCAAACAAUGCUCAAGCAAAUAAUCGCAGCCAGUCAACUUUAAGGGCGAUGAUAUGACAGGAAUGAUACAUGAUGCCUUUUGGAGGCUUUACACAGUUCAUGGAUACCGACAUUAGUGAAGGGGGUGACAUAGAGCAUAACUUACAAGAGAAUACUGCUCAUUCAUCUAGAAAUCAACCGCAUCCAGAGAUGGAUAAGUUUGAACGGCUCAUGAAGGAGGCAAAUGAAGAACUAUAUCCAGGAUGUAAGAAAUUUAGCAAAAUGUCCUUUUUGAUGCAUCUGUACCGUACAAAAUGCAUGUUCAAAUGAUCAAAUGAAUCGUUUAAUGCUUUGCUUGGACUAUUGAAGGAUGCGUUGCCUGAAGGAGAAAAAUUGCCUCCUUCUUUCUAUGAGACCAAAAAGAUAGUUGAAGGUUUGGGCUUAAAGUAUGAGAAAAUUCAUGCUUGUCCCAAUGAUUUCAUGUUUUUUAGGAAAGAGUUUGCUAAUAAGAAUGUCAAUAAAUGUAAUGUUUGUGGAGCUUCUAGAUGGAAAAAUGAUGCUAGAAAAAUCUCAUCCAAGGUCCUAAGGUAUUUUCCUUUAAAACCAAGGCUACAAAGACUGUUUAUGUCUUCGGAAACUUCUAAAGCAAUGUGUUGGCAUCAUGAAGAGCGCUACAAAGAUGGAGUUCUACGACAUCCUGCAGAUUCUGAAGCUUGGAAAAAAUUUGAUAGUAAAUAUCCUGAAUUUGCUGGAGACCCUCACAAUGUGCACCUAUGAUUAGCUUCUGAUGGGUUUAAUCCAUUUGGCACAAUGCGAACUGUUCAUAGUACAUGGCCAGUGAUAAAUACGAGCAGCUCUCAUGUGCACUAUAAAUGACCUUCCUGCAUAUGGUACUCUCUCUCUAGAUGGUGCACUUGUGGUCGGUUUGCAUGUCCUUCUUGUAACAUAAAUACUCAAUCUAGAAGGCUGAAACAUGGCAAAAAGUUUUGUUACAUGGGGCAUCGACGCUUCUUGAAGUCGGGACACAAAUAUCGGAAUGAUGCAAAAUCAUUUGAUGGGACUAAAGAAACAAGACCUGCACCUUUUCCAGUAUCUAGGUCAGUAGUGCUGAAUCAAGUUAAAAAUAUAAAAUUUACUCUCGUCCAGUCAAGUGAAGGGGUAAGUGGGGUGAUGAAAAACACAUGGAAAAAGAGAAGUAUUUUUUUGAUCUUCCUUAUUGGAAAUUUAACUUGAUGCGCCAUAAUCUUGAUGUGAUGCACAUAGAAAAGAAUGUGUGUGAUAACUUAAUUUAUAUACUAUUGAAUAUUGGUAAAAAGUCUAAAGACAACUUAGAAGUUCAAUUGGACUUGAAGGAGAUGAAAAUAAGACCAAGCUUAUGGCCUCAAUAUCGAGCUAGUGGGAGAGCAUAUCUUCCUGCUACUUUUUUUACAAUGUCUCAGUAGGAAAAGGACUUAUUUUAUGAAGUACUACAAAAUACCGAGUUUCCAAAUGGCUAUGCGUCUAAUAUUUCACGUUGCAUUCGCAAACGAAAGUUAUUUGGGCUAAAAGCUCACGAUUGUCAUGUUAUUAUGCAAGAACUUCUUCCUCUUGCCUUGUGGAGAUCAGUAGAUAAAAGAGUAAGUUCAAUUUUAAUUGAACUAUGCACAUUCUUUCGUGUUUUGUGUAGCAAAGAGCUAAAACUAGAAGAGUUAAGCCUACUUGAAGAAAAAAUCCCAGAAACAUUAUCUACUAUGGAGAAACUCUUCCUCCCAGGAUUUUUUACUAUUAUGAUACACUUGGUUAUUCACUUGGCAACUGAGGCUAAACAUGCAAGACCGGUACAUUAUCGCUGGAUGUAUCCGAUUGAGAGGGAGUUGUACGGUGGAGUAGAUGUAUUUGAGUUGGAUGACAAAACAUGGUUGCAAGCACAUCGACAUGUGCUUUUCAAUUGUGAAUCAGAAGUGGUUGAGAAUUAUAAAAAGAAACAUAUUGCUGAAAUCAAAAGAGCACAUCGUAAGUGUUGUUUGACACAACAUCAACUUGAUCAUGUGCAUUUCGAUACAUUUCAUGAGUGGUUCAAGAAGCAAGUAAAGGAGUUGGAAGCCAAAUCUAACAUCUUAAAGGAUGUUAAAGUCCUAGCACAACGACCGAGUUACAUUGCAAAAAGAUUCAGUGCGUUCGAUGUUAAUAGUGGGUAUCGAUUCCGAACAAAACAAAGUGAAGAGUUCAAUGUGACACAAAAUAGUGGUGUUAUGAUCAUUUCAAAGACUGAAAGUUAUGCAAGUACAAGUAAUAAUGCUCCAAAAUCUGCAAAUAUCACAUAUUAUGGCAGAUUGAAUAAUAUUAUGGAGUUAAACUACUAUGAGAAAUGUAAGGUCAUCUUAUUUAAGUGUGAUUGGGUUGAUGUAACCAAAGGUAGAGGAAUUAAGGAAGAUGACUUGGGUUUCACACUUGUGAAUUUCACACACCUGACAGACUCUGGCGAUUGAGAACAUCAAGAGCCCUUUAUUUUUGCAGAACAAGCUCAACAAGUAAUAUUUGUACAAGAUCCUCAAGAUCAUGAAUGGUUUGUCCCUAGGUUAAUUAAACUUCGAGACAUUUUUAAUAUGGGAGAGGAAAAUAGUCUGCAGUUUGAGGCAUCAACGCAAAGUGAUGCCACUGACUUGGCUCUUUUAGAAAAUGCUUGUGUUUUAGAAGAUAAGUAUAAUAAAUGGAUAAGAAGUGGUGUCGAUGGGAUAAUAAUUGAUACAAACGUAGAUUUUCAACCUUCUCUAAAUGAUGGUGAAGCUAAUGUUGAGGGAGAAAAUAACAUAGAAAAUGAAUGUGAUUCUGAAUAAGAUAGGUGGUACUUAUAGAAUAUUUUUGUUUCAAGUGUCAUGUAAUAAACUCUAAGGGUGUUAUUUUUUUGCUUCAAAAAUUUGAAUAUAUUGGAUGCUUGAGUGAAUUUAUUGUGCUUUCUUCUACUUAUAUUUUGCUUAUUGUAUCCAUUUAAAUGUGAUAUUAUAAGGUGGUACUAUAACUUGAUAAUUAUUUUCCUAGUGCAUAAAUAACUCUUAUCUCUAGAACAAUAUUUGUCGCAAGGCUUUGUUUGUGUUACCUGAGUUGUUGAUAUUUUUCACAUAUUGAGAUUUGGAUGAUGCUUCCUCAUGUUUUGCAAGUGGCCUGCUGAUUUGUUAGAGUCAAUCUAGUACUAAUAUAGCGUAAUGCAGCUAGAUAAUUUUUUUUUU